ACUAAUUAAACCAAUUAUAGGGAAGAGCUUGGACCUUUGGCUUCCAAAUCAGUUAGACCUUAAUUGUAAAUUCUGAAGCUUUGGGGUUCCAUGCAGCCGAUUGUGUUUAGAUUUGGCAGCAGGCUUCAUUCUUAGACAUUUACCAUUCUUUGACGUUUCAAAGUAACGGAUGUGGGAUCGCUCUAUUAUUUUGUUGUCAAGUUAAUAUCUCGGUGAAUUUUGUGGUAAGAUUGAGCUCCAGGGCUUUCUCUGCGUCUUCUGACUCUCCUGCUUCACCUUCCUGGUAGUUGUGGUCAUCUGCCUGCACAACAGACAGUCCUCGACUUACAGCCACAAUGGAGCCCUGUUGCUAUGUGGCCCAUUGUUAAAGUGAAUUUUGCCCCGUUUUACAACCUUCCUUGCCACCGUUGUUAAGUGAAUCACUGCAGCCGUUUACAUUAGUAACAUGGUCAUUAAGUGAAUCUGCCUUCCCCAUGGACUUUGCUUGUCAGAAGGUCACAAAAGAGGAUCAGGUGACCCCGGGACACUCCAGCCGUCGUAAAUAUGAGUCAGUUGCCAAAAAUCUCAAUUUUGAUCAUGCGACCCCGGGAAAUGCUGCAACGGUUGUAAAUGUGAAAUACAGUCAUAAGUCCCUUUUUCGGUGCUGUUGUAAUUUUGAACGGUUACUAAAUAAACGGUGGUAAGUCGAGGACUACCUGUAACGCUUAUCUAUCAUGAUGGUGCUUGGCUAACCCUGGGAAGUUUUACGAUCAACCUGUGAAAUGAGCCACCAGGUGUAUAACAUCCUAAUAGGAAAUUGUCGGUAACGUUGAGAAGAAGCGAGAACAAGUGCAGGUAUUUAUUUGUACAGUGCACUUUAGUUGCAAAAGGGCAGUUGAGUCAUAAAUUAGAAUAGAAUAGAAUAGAAUUUUUUAUUGGCCAAGUGUGAUUGGACACACAAGGAAUUUGUCUUUGGUGCAUAUGCUCUCAGUAUACAUAAAAGAAAAGAUACGUUCGUUAGGAAUCAUAAGGUACAACACUUAAUGAUAGUCAUAGGUUACAAAUAAGCAAUCAGGAAACAACAUCAAUAUCAGUAUAAAUUGUAAGGAUACAAGCAACAAAGUUACAGUCAUACAGUCAUUACAAUAUUUGGUAUAUGGUAAGAAUUGAUUAGCUUCAGGAAGGUCAGUUUGGGUGUAUGUUGGCAGACAUCCUUCUGGGAAUAUCGUAAAAGGGUGGAGCUGUCAUUUGGGGUGUCAGGCAUUUGGGAAUUUUCAUAGGCAAACAAGAUGGUUUUUAGACUGCAUGGCUGCAAAGGAGCUUGAGAAGAUUGGUCUUUGCAAAACCUUCAGAUCCCAGUAGAUCUCAGUUCCCUGUGGGAGAAUCCUCAGACUUGAGGAUGGAAUUUCAGCAGCCGGCUUCUCCUCCAUCUUUCUGAACAGAAAUCAGAGAGCAGCUUCAAAAGCAAUAAAUUAGGAAGAAGUUCCUACGGUUCUUAAAAUCCCAAACGGGAUGAAAUGACAAACGAAAAUCCAAGUUUUAGGAAACGGGAUUGGAGCUGAUGUCCUGAUGUAUUCAGUGUUUAAUAUCCCAGGCCUUGUUUUUCAUCUGACAGCUAUACGGAAAGCAUUCGUAAAGCAUUUUUCAUUAUAUUUAGGAUAUUUUGGGUCAUUUCCAACCCAUGCUUGCCUACCCAAAGAACACUGAAGUGUGCAAACCCUACUCUUUUUACCAAAUGUUUUACCAUAGAUUGUAAAAUAUACGGGCAAUAUUUUUGUGGCUUAUUCUGUAAACAGGUUUAAAUAGGAAACUGCUGGGAGAGUUGAUUGGAUAACCCUGAUACUUGCAUAAAUCAGAUUUGUUUUUAACCUUUCCUUUGCUAACAUUCAGAUUUCAUUGGUGAUUUUGCCUAUUAAUUUGGCUUUGAGAUGUUUCCUUUUCUGUUGCUUUCUUUUAAUUUAACACUAUUCAUGUCUCACCCCUAUUUUUUUCCAUCCCCAUCUCCACCCAUGCUGCCCCACAUCCUUUGCAUUUGUCUGCAAUCAACCUCUUCAUCCAAUAAGGCUGGGCACAGAUUGGUGUUAGUAUUGGGCGACCUUCACAUUCCUCAUCGCUGUAACAGCCUGCCAGCUAAAUUCAAAAAAUUGCUGGUUCCGGGCAAAAUCCAGCACAUUCUUUGCACCGGGAACCUCUGCACGAAGGAGAGCUAUGACUACCUCAAGACCUUGGCUGGCGACGUCCACGUCGUGAGGGGAGAUUUUGAUGAGAACCUGAACUAUCCCGAGCAGAAAGUGGUCACCGUGGGGCAGUUUAAGAUCGGGCUAAUCCACGGCCAUCAAGUCAUUCCCUGGGGGGACGUGGCCAGCCUCGCGCUCCACCAGAGGCAGUUCGACGUCGACAUCUUGAUUUCGGGCCACACGCAGAAAUUCGAGGCGUUUGAACACGAGAACAAGUUCUACAUUAACCCGGGAUCAGCCACGGGGGCCUACAGCGCUUUGGAAAACAACAUCAUCCCUUCCUUUGUGCUGAUGGACAUCCAGGCCUCCACGGUGGUCACCUACGUCUACCAGCUGAUUGGGGACGACGUGAAAGUCGAAAGAAUUGAGUACAAGAAAUGCUAAAAGCAAGCGGGCCUCCCCCUAACUCAUUCCAGACUCUUUUGCAAUACGCGCCCAGUGUCUGCAGCCUUGUGAGUUGUCAAGGUGGCUUCUUUUAUCCUGUCGUAGGUGACUAAGUUUACUUCCCCAGACUUCUGACAAAAUCUGCCAUGGUUUUUAGCUUGUCCCCCUCCCCCCCCCGCUCCGUUUGGCCCCCAAAUGGCUCCUGCUUGUAAAUACUAUUCAACAUGCGCAGCAGAAUUCUACCUGUUCAUGCGAACUGUCUUAUAAUAAAUAUUAUUAUUCAACUUG